AUGUCGCAUCUUUCGUUAAAGGUCACGGUGGUGGAGUUGGGCACCACCAAGACCAUACAUUUCACCGGUGACAUGUCUGCGUAUGAGGCAUGUAAAGAAAUUCGAGAGAAAUUCGGUGCUGAAGCAGGUGGUUCCGAUCACGGUAUAUUCUGGCCUGCUCAAACGAAAUGGCUGGCCAACAACAAAGUCUUGGAUUUCUAUGAUCUUACUUCUGGUGAUGAGGUGGAAUUCAAGAAGAAACACCGACCAUUACGUGUCCGUACUAUGGAUGGUAGUGUCAAAACUGUAUUGAUUGAUGAGAGUUUACCUGUUCAAGCUAUCGUUGUUACUGUUUGUGAGAGGAUUGGUGUGGCCAAUCCUGAAGAAUACUCCUUUUUACCUGAUGGUCCCAUGUUUGAUGAAGGUGGUACUGUAAGAGGAACAAUGCGAAAGAAGGGAAAGGCACAUAUCGAAGAAGAGGCAAAAUGGCUCAAUGCCGAAAAGACUCUCAGAGAACAAGGAUUUACGGAAAACGACAGUGUCUUGUUAAAGAAAAAGUUCUUCUUUUCUGAUCAAAACAUUGACAGAAACGAUCCAGUCCAACUCAAUCUACUCUACAACCAAGCUCGUGAAAUGAUUGUAUCAGGAAAACAUCCAUGUACCAAAGAUGAAGCCGGUCUUUUUGGGGCUAUUCAAUUACAAACACAGUAUGGAAACCAUGAACCUGAUAAGCAUCGCCCAGGAUUUGUCAAGAUGAAGGAAUUCGUCCCUCCAGAAUACGUGAAAAACAAGGACGUUGAAAAGAAAAUGUACAGCGAACACUCCAAGCUCCAGGGCUUGAACGAACUCAAUGCCAAGUUUAGAUACGUGCAAUUGAGCAGAUCACUUAAAACUUAUGGUAUCACUUUCUUCUUGGUCAAGGAACGAGCUGAGAAGAAGAGCAAGCUUGUAGAAGUAUUAUUGGGUGUCACGAAAGAGUCUGUGGUUCGUCUUGACGUUGAAAGCAAGGACGUUAUCAAAACAUGGCGUCUGACUCAACUGCGUCGUUGGGCAGCUUCACCAAAUAGUUUUACCUUGGACUUUGGUGAUUACGCCGAUGCAUACUACAGUGUGUUGACCACUGAAGGAGAACAAAUAUCCCAACUGAUUGCUGGUUAUAUUGAUAUUAUUCUCAAAAAGAAAAAGGCAGCCGACAGACAAGUGCCAGAUGAAGAAGAAGAGCACGCAGCUGUAGAAGAAUAUGUCCGUCCCGGACGUGCACAAGCAGUUGGUUUGGCUCAAGCUGCUCAACGUGCCGGUAACGUGCAAAAUGUCGGUCAAGUCCAACAAGUCGAUAUGCAACGUAUGCAAUUUGCACGUCAAGGACCCAUAUCGCUGCAAUAUGCCGACUAUGGAGCAGAUGUAAAUGGUGAUUUGCAAGUAGCUCAGCAGACUCUAUUGACAAACAUGCAAAAUGGCCAUGCAGCUAUCGCCAAUGUACUCCAAUCACUGGGGUCUGCUUUGGAAUUGCCCCCUAUGGGAUCUGAUCCUGCCUCAAUGGCAUGGAGAGAACAAACCCGUGAUGUCAACGGUGAAAACAUUGCUUCACAAAUCGCCUCGUAUCUAGCUGCUGCUGGAUCUCUUGUUAUCCAUGCUACCGGAGACGUUGCAAAUCAAGACUACGAUCGUAUAUCAGCCAAUAUGGCUACUAUUUGCUCUAGUUUAGGUCAAAUGUCUACUGCAAUCAAGAUGUUGGCGGCGCUAUGUGAUAAUGCACAGGAAGGAAACGAAUUAUUAAGUUGUGCUCGUCGUCUUGCAACUUCUUUAAACGGACUAUUAGCUGCUACGCGUCCCGUCGUACUGGGUGAGGCCAAGAGUGAACACAUGUAUCAAGCCAUAAGAGACCUUACAGCCUCAUCAAAUCAAAUGCUUGCCAUGCUUAAAAAGGUCGAAGUGCCCGAAGAUGAUCAAAAGGAAUUGGUCGUCCGAGCCAAGGCUGUUGAAAAUGCCUCUCGUGGAUUUGCCGAAUAUGCUCAGCGUACUAGUGCCGGAAUCCGUGACAAAACAGCUGCCAAUCAAGUCCUGCUUGACGCCAACGCUGUCACACAAUUGGCAUCUCAGUUAUUGGCUUGUACGGGUGUUUUGGCACCCAUGAUCUUAUCACCGUUAUGUCUCGAUCAACUAUUAGAAGGAUCUGUCUUGCUCCAAGACAGUGUCGAAACUACAUCUCUGACUGCUCAAGGCUGUAACGCACCUAAAGCUCUGCGAGACUUGCAAGACUCUACUCAGCAAAUCAAUGACGCUAUUGCUAAACUAGUAGAAAAAGCCAAACAUCCAAUCAAGGAGGAAGAAGUGUCUGAACUUGACUUGCAAUAUGACCGUGUCGUCAACUCCGUGGAUAUGAUGUUGUCGCAUCUAGGGUCUGGAGAUGGUAUUGUAGGUGCCGCUAGAGAUCUCACCGUUACCGCUACUACCUUUAUAAAUGCACUGAAAGCUUCUGGUGGUGGUGUAGAAGCUGAUGAACGUAAACGGCUAGCCUCCGCAGCCCACAAUCUUGCUGAAGCUACUGCUCGAAUGGUAGCAGCUGCUAAAGAUGCAGCGCGUAAUCCAUCUGAUAUGGAUCGUCAAGUCCGAUUGAAGGAUGCCUUGGCUGAACUACAAGAAGCAGCAGGUGAAGCUAUUGGAGCUCGUGUCCGACAAAAGGCCUUCCAGAAAUUGGCUAAAGCUGCUAAAGACGCCGUCUCGUCCUCCAACCAAAUCAUCACAGCAUCCAAGAAUGCUGCACCUUCUAACCGUAACCAGGCCUCUCAACAACAACUCAACUUGGCUGCCAAAAGGGUUGCCGAAGUUACUCCGACAUUGGUUACGGCAAUCAAGGCUUAUAAUGCUGAUCCAGAAGACACGAACGCUCAAAUGCGUCUGGUUAAUGCUUCUAAACAGCUAAUUGUACCCGGCCAAUCUCUCAAUGCUGCUUCUAGAGCUGCAGCGCCCACAACAGGGGAUCAAGCUGCUCAAGCUGGAUUGAUUUCAGCUGCCCAGCAAAACUCUACGUCUUUGGAGGCUUUGAGUAAAACAUUCGAGUUGGCUGAGAGUAUCAAAUCUGGCUUCCAACUUGAAUCUGCUCUCGAGGUUGUACAAAAAGUACAUGCCGAUAUGGUCGAAGCUUGUGGUGCACCUAGUAAAGUUAAAGCACAACCUGGUCAAACUGUUGAAUCGUCUCAACUUGAAAUUCAAAGUGUCACUAAAUCUAUGAUUGGUGCUAUUGGUCAAAUGACUGCUUCCAUGGAGAAGGGAGACGAGAAGUUUAUGGGAAUCGCUGCUACAGAUCUUGUCAAUUUGGUCCAAGCAUUAUCUGCUGCCGCUAAAGCUGUAUGUGGUACCAGCAAUGAUCCCGACACCAAGAGUCAGAUCCUUGAAGCUGCUGCCAACUUGGCUGCUGAGAUUGCUAGAAUGCUUGAAGCUGCUAAAGCCGGUCGUGAUGGUACUGCUGUUACGGAAGCUGCUUUGAAAGACUUGGCUCAUAGUGCUACUGAAGCAGUGACUGCUAUUGCACAAUGCUUGCCUGGUCAACGUGAUAUAGAUAGAGUUCGUGUUACUGUAGAACGUCUUCAAAGUCAAAUCGCGUCUGGUAAAUUGGCUCAACUUGGAAAUGGAAAAGAUUCCUUUCAAACUGCCCAAAACAAACUCGAAGUUGCUACCAAUGCACUUGUACUGUCUAUGAAUAAUCUAGUAGCUGCUACAAAAGGAACUCCAUCUGAACUUAUUAUUGGUGUCAAGGGCUUUGAAAGCUCGAUAAAUAAACUUGCUGAGGCAGCGGGUAGUUUUGCUGGUAAAGAUGCCGAAACUGCUGAAAAGAUUCAGGCUCUAUUAUCGGAUGUAUUUACUGCCAGUGCAGCUCUACUAUCUAGUACCAAACUCGUUGCUGCAGACCCGACCAACGGCAUUGAGAAGAGCAGACUCAUGGAUGCUGUACGUAGUGUAGGUGAAUCUCUGAGCAAGCUUAUGGAAGGAUGCGCUGUCUCUGCACCCGGACAGUCAGAGUGUAACAAGGCAUUGCAAACUCUUGCUAUCGCUAAUGCUCGUCUGGAUGCCGUCAACGAUGCUACACCAAAUAACGAUACUUACGCAGAGUCAUUGGCCAUUGUGAGCAGUCAAGUCAAACAACUGUCUUCGCAGCUCAAUAGUAUGCUGGCAGCUGCCCGAUCAGGAGAUGCCAACAAGCUUGCUUCAGGUGUUACCGAUGUCAGUGAUUUGAUCUCGAGUAUUACAGAAGCGAAUUGUAGAGCUGUAUGUCUUAUUGGAUUGGCAGAUCCUUCCUCCGUAGCGGCUACAAGUGGUGCGGUAGAUACCACCAUCUUCUCUAAGACCACUGCUGAUAUGAGGGCUGCUUUUGAUAAACUGGUAAAUCCUAAUAACAAGCAACAAGAUGUUGUUGAACAUGCUGCUCAAGUCGCAAAACAUACUGCUGCCUUGUGUAAUGCUUGUAAGAAAGCAGGUGCUGAUCCAGCAGUCAGUGGAAUGGCUCGCCAACGCUUUAACGAAGAAGCUCGAGACAUUGCAGCUAUUACUCAAGAUCUAGUCCAGAGCAUUAAAGUAUUGGCGGUCAAACCAUCUGAAGUCACUCGCAGUAGAUGUGUCGCUGCAUUUGCACCUUUACUAGAGAAGGCCAAUGUAUUGGUGGAAUACACUCGAUCUGGCGAGUUUGCUGGUGAACCUGCCAGAUUCUCACCUAUGGCUCAAGCAUCUCAACGCCCACUCGUCGAUUCCAACCGUAAUGCUAUUGGAUCCGCACAAGGAGUAUUCGAAACAUCGAGAAUGUUGUGUGCAACUCCGAAAGAUAGUGCUGCUAUUCAACUCUUGCAAUCACAAGUUAAAUCUCUGACUGAUGCUAUUCAAAGUCUGACUUCAUCGAUUGCUUCUGGUGCUCCUGGACAACAAGAAUGUGAUGAGGCUCUUGAAAAGAUUACUGAUACAGUGGCUGCUUUAGAUGGAGCUGUUGUCGAUGCUAUGGCUGGACGAUUAAAAGCUCAACCUGGACAAGAUCCCUCUCAUUUGGUUGAUACUGGUCGUGCAUUGGUGUCUCUUGCUGAUGUCAUUGGUGAUAAUGCCAAGAGUAACGGUGCUGAAUUGGGAGCUUCGGUGUUGCAACUACCAGCUACGUUUGCCCAAUUCGCCUCAUAUGCCGGUUCAUGUGCUGCUGGUCUCAAGGACGCAAAUCAGCAAAAGUCUCUUUUGGAAGCAGCCAAGGAUGUGGGAGAUUUGAUGCUUGCUUUCUUGCACGCUGCCAAAGCCAAUGGUGGAAACAGUCUAGAUAUUGGCAAGCAGCAACAAGUAGAUGCUCAACGUGAAUUAUUCCAAGCCAGUAUAAAGAAGGUCACGGCCUUUGUCGAGGGCACUGGAGAAGAGACAGCCGAGUUUACAGCUGCUGCCGAUCAUAUUGAAGCAGGAUUGAAGAACUUCAAAUCUAAGAUUCCAGCUCGUGUAGGCGAAACAUACCAAGCAUAUGCAACUCAAGUUGAUACCCAAGGCAAACAGUUAUUGGAAGCUAUUGGUGAAGCAAUCUCAAAAGCCAAGACUCGAGAACAGUUUGCUGCACUCGCCAACCGAGUCAGCACUGUCUUUGACGAUAUUAUCCUAUCUUCUGGUUGUGCUAUUGCUGCAUCUGACGAUCCGAGUAUCAAGCAAUCGAUUACAGAAGCAGUUCGAGAUUUGGGUGGAGCUUUGAUGCGUCUCUUGGAUGCAUCUCGAUUAGCAUCACGAGGAACCGAUAAUGUAAACCGUAGUAAACUCAGCUCAGCAGCUCGAGAAACCGCUUCAUCUACUUCCAACCUCCUCAAUGCUGUGCGUGAAGGAUCCAAAGGUAUUAUUGCAUGUGAAAACGCCAACAGUAAUCUGUCGUCCCUUAUCGGUGAUAUGGAAACGACGACCAUCUUUGCUCAAGCUGGACAACUUGACCCAAUGGACUCCAAAGAUAAUUUUGGUCGUCACAAGGAUGCUAUUCUCACUAAUGCCCGUCAAUUGAUUGAAUUGACAAAGAGGUUUAUUGCAGCUGCUACUGGUACUCAGAAUGAUCUAGCAGAUGUAGCAGGAGCUGCUGUACAAGUCAUGGCAUCUUUAAUGGAGCAUUCUAAAGCUGGCGCAACUGCCGUAACAUCAGCUGAUAAAAAUAUGCAAGUACAACUCUUGGCUGCAGUUCGUGCUGUAGCUGAAUCCCUUCAAGGUCUGGUUACUGCGGCCGGUGUUGCAUGCGGUCAACCCGAAAACGAUCCAUCUAUGAACGACUUGGGUGAUAGUGUCAAGAUGCAGUUUGGUGCUGUUGCUGAACUUAUUAGAGUAGCUAAAUUGCUGGGUGACGAAGCAUCUCGUGGAAUCCGAGCUCUUGAGGGGGCUGCUUCCGAAAUUGAUGAGGCUAUAACUGUAUUAGAAUCACAAUCACCAGCUCAAGGAACUGCUCUUCCGGAAGAAGUCGCUGCUAUUGCCAAACAACUCGCUACCGCUUCGGCUGGAUUGGUGUCUGCUAGUAAUGGUGCCAAACAAGAUGAUGUCGUUGCUGCUUGCAACCAUGUCAAGAAUGUAUUUGUAGAUCUUAGUCGUGCUGGUAAAGCUGCUACUGAAAAGGCACCUGCGGAAAAGAGAAAGGAUAUGCAUCGGGCAGUUAUACAUGCUGGAGAAUCUACAAAGAUGCUACUUGGUACAGUGAAAGGUGUACAAGAAGCACCUACACCCGAACACAAGCAACAGGUACAAAAUGCAGCCAAGGAAGUCGCAGCAGCAGUCGCCACAGUCAUGCAAUCUUGUGGUGCAUUGAUUCCAGGUGGUUAUGUAGAUCCAAAUGAUCCGAACGUCAUUGCCGAACGUGAAUUAUUGGCUGCUGCCUCAUCUAUAGAAGCUGCAGCACGUAAACUCGCUCAAAUGAAACCACCAGAACGACCACGUCAAGCCAACGAAGAGCUAGGAUUUGAUGAACAAAUAUUCGAAGCUACUCAAGCUAUUGCCUCAGCCUGUGCUGCACUCAUCAAGUCUGCAACUGGUGCUCAGCGUGAAAUCGUAGCUCAACAAGGCAAUGCCAAGAAAUCCGAUAAAGUGUAUUAUAGUGAUGGAACAUGGUCGGAUGGUCUUGUAUCUGCAGCUAAAGCCGUGGCUGCUGCCACUGGAGAUCUCUGUGCUGCAGCCGAUGCAGCUGUCAAGGGCAACGUGGAUCGAGAACGUGUAAUAGUCGCGGCUCGUAACGUAUCAGCUUCCACCACCCAGUUAUUAUCGGCUGCCGCUACAAGUGUAGAUCCAAACUCCCAGUCACAAAUACGUCUCCAAGCUGCUGGAAAGGCCGUCACAUCUGCUGCAGAUCAACUGUGCAAGGCUGCUGAUCAAUCCAUGAUGUUUGAUGAUGCUGAACAAAUAACGUCAGAUCUCAUGAAGGGUGGUGCUACAAACUCUAGAGUGGUUGAAAUGGAAGCACAAGUAUCGAUUCUCAAGAUGGAGAAGGAACUGGAGAAUGCUAGGAAGAAAUUGGCUGCAGUGCGAAAGGGCAAAUAUGAUGUCCAGACAGGGACUGUCAGGGGGCCCAAGAAAUAA